AUAUCGUAUAAAUAGGCAUGAAGCACACCUUACUCGGCAUCAUACUGCAGUACUACCGCCGCACAUCAGUACAGAGCAAUUUUCUCAACGAAUCAAAAUGAAAGCCAUCAUCGCCUUGUGCAUCAUUGCUGGAGUUUCGGCCCAGUACGAGUAUAACAGCGGUUUCGAAAUUGGCAUUCCGCAAAACUACUACGCCAACCAGCAGUACAAUGGACAGUACAGCAAUGGUCAGUACAACAACGGCCAGUACAACAACGGCCAGUAUAACAACGGCCAAUACACUGCACCGACCAAGACAAUCCCUGACGCUCGUUGCCCACGUAUCGAUGAUCCGAUGCGCCCGGUCCAUCUGCCGUACGCCGGCCACUGUAACCAGUUCCUGAAGUGUACCGGAGGCCUGGGCUUCGUCAUGGACUGCCCGGCCGGACUCGACUUCAGUGCUCGCUCGAACCGUUGCGAGUAUCCUGCAGUCGCUCAGUGCCGCACCUAAUCUACCGAGUACGAUCAGAAUGAAGGCCAACUUCUUUCCAGUGAAGAAAUGGAGUGCAGGAACCGAAACUGAACUGAAAUGAUUUUCAACGCAUCAAUGGCCAUGGAGACCAACACUUGGUAUUAGUACAUUUUUCAGCAAAUAAAACACCUUCAUAAUGCCAAUCGAUAUUGCUUACUUUGUGCC